AUGACUCUACCACCACCCCACCUCCGUACACUCAUAGUCGAUAACUACGACUCGUACACCUUCAACCUGUACCAGUACUGCUGUUCAGCCUUGGGGCGUGACGAGCUGUUGCCGGUUGUUAUUCGGAAUAACCAAUUCACUUGGGACGAAGUUCGAGAGAAUAUAUUACCGCAUUUUGACUGCGUAGUGAUCUCUCCAGGACCGGGGAGGCCUGAUAGGGAGGUGGACUUUGGAAUAUGCGCCGACCUCCUGAAACACGCAGCAGUACCUAUCCUCGGCGUGUGCCUGGGGCAUCAGGGGUUAGCAGCGAUAAGUGGCGGGCAGGUAGUCCACGCUGCCGAACCCUUCCACGGCCGCACCAGUCCCGUAACCCACACCUCGCACACACCCACACCCGACCACCCCAUCAGUCUCUUCGACACGCUCAAGAACCCGUUCAGUGCAGUCAGGUAUCAUUCGCUUGUUGUCUCGCCGGAAGGAUUACCGGAAUGUUUGAAGAUCAUUGCAACGACGAAAGGGAAAGCGGGCGAACCGGACGUGAUUAUGGGCCUGGAGCAUAGGGAGAAGCCGAUUUGGGGCGUGCAGUUUCAUCCUGAGUCGAUAUGCACAGAAGAUGGAUCUCGGAUCAUCGAGAACUUUCAUACGCUGGCUGCGCGGUACUGGGAAACCGUACGUCCUCACAUGACCCGCGAAUUCCAAACCCUCUCCGUCCUCCCUGAACCGCUAACUACUCGCACCAACACCACCGACGACAUGAAUGCAAAAAAACCAAUCAUACAUGCUCGGAGAUUGAAGACGCCGUAUGUGGAUGCCGAGCGGGUGUUCACGGAGAUGUUCAGUGGGGAGGAGGUGGCGUUUUGGUUGGAUUCUGCCAAGACUGAAAAGAGCAUUGCUCGGUUUUCGUAUAUGGGCGCAGCGACAUCGCGCAACAGCUUUUUGAUCGAAUACUGUACCGCCAAACGCACCGUAACCCUCACUCACCCCACCCAGCCCACCCACCCCAUCCGCCCAACAACCCACCUCCUCCCCCCCUCCGAAACCUUCUUCACCUACAUCUCCACCCUCCUCUCCACCCGCGGCCUGCACACCGCCACCCUCCAUCCCACGUCCACUUCGAACUCACCACCCUUCCCCUUCACCUGCGGCCUCGUCGGUCUCUUCGGGUACGAGAUGAAGGAAGAGUCUUUGGGAAGGGAUGUGGCGGCCAAGACAAAGGCGAGGGGACGGAAACAUUUUGGGGUAGAGAAUGGGGGCAGUGUGCCGGAUGCGGCGUUUGUGUGGGCGGAUCGGGUGGUGGUGUUCGAUCAUGUUGAGGGGGAGGUUUGGGGGGUGGCGUUGGAGAGUGCGAGGGAGGGGGAGGAGGAGGAGGAGGUGCGGGAGUGGUUGGAGGAUGUUGAGGGAAGGAUUGUGCGGUUAGCGGCGGAAGAGGUGGAUGUAAAAGUCAACGGGACGGCCACAGCGGACGGAACUCCUCCAUCACCACCCCGCACGACCUCCCCAACCUUCACCCUCGCCCACCCCCACCCCACCUACCUCACCAACGUCCACACCGCCCUUCGCGAAAUCACCAACGGCGAGACCUACGAGGUCUGCCUCACAACCCGCAUCUCCACCCCGCUCCCCCCCUCCCACCCAGACCCUUACACCCUCUACACCCACCUCCGCGCCCACAACCCGGCCCCGUACGGCGCCUUCCUCCGCCUAGGCGCCAACCUCUCCAUCGCCUCCUCCUCACCGGAACGCUUCAUGCGCGUCGAACAAGACGCGACCGUGAGCAUGAAACCGAUCAAGGGGACCGCGAAACGCGCGGAGCGGACCCCGGGGGAGCCCGAGGAUGCCUGGACGAGACGGGACGAAGCUGUUCGGCGGGCGUUGGAGGGGGACGAGAAGAACCGGGCGGAGAAUCUCAUGAUAGUAGACCUGAUCCGAAACGACCUGAACACCAUCUCCCGCCCGCGCACCGUCUGCGUGCCCGCCCUGAUGCACGUCGAGUCGUACGCCACCGUCCAUCAGCUCGUCACCACCGUGCAGGGCCGCCUGCGCACGGAAUUGAAUGCCGUCGAUGCCGUUAUGCAUUCGUUUCCCCCAGGCAGCAUGACGGGCGCCCCGAAGCUCCGCACCGUCGACAUCCUCGAAACGCUCGAGAAAGCCCCGCGCGGGCCCUACUCCGGCGUCCUCGGGUACUUCUCCCUCACCGGGGCCGCGGAGUUCAGCGUCGUCAUCCGGACCGCGGUUGUCACACGGGACGGUAUGUUGGCACAGAUAUCGGUCGGUGCAGGUGGAGCGAUCAUUGCGCUGUCCGACCCCGAGGAGGAGUACAGGGAGAUGCUGUUGAAGGCGAAUUCGGUGCUGCCGAGGUGA